CGUUGUGGAUCCAGCAUGGCAGCGAAACAGAAAAGGAAAUUAGAGGACCUCAGUGUGGACGAGUUCCUGCUGUCAGGUUUUGACUCUGCAGGUGAAGAUGAACCUGAAAAAGAGGCUCCCAAACAGAAUGGACUCAAGAAAAAGAACAAGAAGAACGAUCUGAAAUCUGCAGCUUCCAACAAAGAUGAAAGGGCAGUGGGUAAGGCCUCUCAGCACAAGGAGCAGCUGACCAGGUUAAAGAACAAAGAUCCAGAGUUCUACAAGUUUCUGCAAGAUAACGACCAAAAGCUCCUGAACUUUGACGACACAGACAGCUCCGAUGAUGAGGAUGAGGAUGAGAAAAAGUACCACACCUUGCCAUCUUCACUGGAGGAAGCCGACUCUGGUGAUGAUGAUGAGGAGCAGGAGGAGGGUCAGAAAGGUUCAAAGAAAUCCAAGAAGGGGGCGGAUACUAUUAAAGUCACAGACAAAAUGAUUGAAGACUGGAAAGCUGCUAUGAAGAAGGAACCCACAGCUCGGCUCUUCAGAGAUGUCACCCAGGCCUUCAAAGCUGCUGUUGCUACAACCAAGGGUGAAGGAGGAGGUCAAUGUCGUUACAAGGUGGCUGACAGUUCAGUGUUCAACGCGUUGGUCCUGUUCUGCAUCAGAGACAUUUAUGUGGCCCUGCAGAGGAUGCUCAACCUGAAGCCAGAUAAAGACCAGAAAAGGCUGGUGCUCCCAUCAUCUAGUCCAAAAUGGCAGAAGAAUCAAAUAGACGUCAAGAUGUAUCUUAGUGGAGUAGUUCAGCUGUUAUCCUGUCUAACAGAAGCUACAGUCAUCAGUGCUGUCCUGCGACAUGCCAACCAGCUCGUACCUUAUUACCUUUGUCUGCCCAAACAAUGUCGGCACCUGGUUAAGCAACUGAUGAAACAGUGGAGCACAGGGGAGGAGACCAGUCGGGUUCUGGCCUUCCUGGCCCUCAACAAAAUCUGCAGACACAAGCAGGAAACCUAUCUUAAUCCAAUUCUCAAGCAAAUGUACAUCUCCUACGUACAAAACUGCAAGUUCACAUCUCCCAAUGUGCUGCCCAUGAUCAACUUCAUGCAGCGAACUCUGACAGAGAUGUACGCCCUGGACUCUCAGGCCACUUAUCAGCACGCCUUCAUCUACAUCCGACAGCUGGCCAUCCACCUCAGGAACGCCAUGACCAUGAAGAACAAGGAAACAUACCAGUCAGUGUAUAACUGGCAGUAUAUCCACUGUUUGUACCUCUGGUGUCGAGUCCUCAGCACCCUGCACCCCAGUGAUGUCCUCCAGCCUCUCAUCUACCCACUCUGCCAAGUUAUCAUUGGUACCAUCAAACUGGUGCCAACAUCAAGAUAUUACCCUCUGAGGAUACACUGUUGCAGAGCCCUCACCCUGCUGUCUAGCAGCACCAACACUUUUGUACCUGUUCUGCCUUUCCUCUUGGAGGUCUUCCAACAAGUGGACUUCAACAAAAAACCAGGGCGAAUGAGCAAGAAACCCAUCAACUUUGCUGUCAUCCUGAAGCUUAACAAGGUCAACCUGAUGGAGAAAGCCUAUAAGGACGGGUUGAUCGACCAGCUGUAUGACCUGAUACUGGAAUAUUUCCACACUCAGGCCGGCUCCAUCGGCUUCCCAGAGCUCGCCCUGCCUACUGUCAUUCAGCUGAAAGCGUUCCUGAAGGAAUGCAAAGUGGCCAAUUACUGCAAGCCAGUACGCCAGCUGCUGGAGAAGGUACAGGAGAACAGCAGCCACAUCACAGGACGGAGACAGAAAGCCGCCUUCGGAGUAGCCGAUGCCACCGCUGUGGCGGCUUGGGAGAAGCAGGUCCAAGAGGAGGGGACUCCUCUCAGCAGGUACUACAGCCAGUGGAAGAAGCUGCGGGAGAAGGAGAUCCAACUGGAGAUCUCUGGCAAAGAAAGGAUGGAGGAUCUGGAUCUCCCAGAGAUCAAACGCAGGAAGAUUCAGGAGAAGAAGGCAGAGGACAAGAAGGAGUUCAAGGAUCUUUUCGAAUCUGACAGCGAAUCUGAAGAUGAUGAUGCCGGAUUUAAAAUCAAAGGUAAAAAGGGCCGCCGUGGAUCUGAUGAUGAUGAUGAUGAUGAUGAAGAGCUUGAAGGCCUGUCUGACAUGAGUGAUGAUGGAGACUCAGAUGGUGAUGAUGAUGAUGAGGAAGGGGAUGAAAAGGCUCCUCAGCCGCUCUCCUCCUCUGCUCUGAUAAAGCUGGCAGAGGGAGACGAGGAUUUGGUGGAGGACCUGGAGCUGUCUGACGAUGACUGAGGUUCAUGGAUGCACACGCUCGAGCUCACAUGAGAGACUUUUUAUGCUCGCCAUUUUACCAGCCAUUCAUCCAUCCUGAAAAUAAUAUUGGACAUUUUGCUUUUUUCUUUGCUUUUGAAUUUUGUAUUGCUUCACCUGUAUAGUACAAACAUGUUCCAAUGUAAUUUUAUUAAGCAUUGAAAUUCAAAA